UCCGAACUCAAUCCCUUAGAGUCAAACUUGUUUUCUUUCCCGUCGUCGGUAGGAUACAAAUUCCCUACAAUAACUUAAUCUACAAUGGCGCCUUUUGUCCCGUACCACAAUUCAGCCGGUCAGUCGAAAAUUGUCAAAUUCGGCGGUCUUCUCACCACAGAAUUCCUCGAGCCCCCACCGGGAAGAUGCUUCCUGUUCCGCCAGACCUACCGCCACAAUGUGGAGGGCCCCAUCCCCGACAACCUGCGUAAGCUGAUCAACAGCCCCGACCGGCCCAAGGGUCCCCCGCCACACUUCCACCAGUUCCAGACGGAGUACUUCCGCGUCGAGUCCGGGGUGAUGGGAAUCAACGUCGACGGCCAGGUGAAGCGCGUGACCGCCGCGGACGGGGAGGUCUCCGUGAAGGCGGGCAGCGUGCACAACUUCUUCAUCCACCCAGACUCGGAGGAGAGCAUGACCGUCUACCUCAGCGCCUCGGACUCCGGCAUGGACUACCAGCUGGACCGCAUCUUCUUCGAGAACUGGUACGGCUACUGGCACGAUGCCCUGCUGCAUGAUGGCGGGCUCGACUGGAUUCAGUUUUUGGCUAUCCAAGACGGCGGAGACGCAUACACCCCCGCCCCCGCCUGGGUCCCCUUCCGCCGCCAGGUUGGCUACUGGACCUGCGUGGUCGUCGGCCGCUGGAUCGGCGGCCUGCUCGGCUACAAGCCCUUCUUCCGCGAGUACACCACCGACUGGGACUUCGCCGUCGCCAAGAUGAAGGGCUCCUUCUUCCAGCGGCAUCUGGUGCACGACGCCUACGCGGCCGAGAAGAACUGGGACGCCCAGGUCGCGCUGGAGGCGGCUUCCCGGCCCGAAAACGCCGAGUUCGAGCCCUGGGUGCAGGAUAUGUCGCCCAAGGCGCUGACCUUACCGCCUGUGCAGUAUGAGAAGGGUGUGUUUGUGGAUGGUGCGGCUCUUGCUACACCAAAUGGGGUAAAUGGGCAUGCCAAUGGUGUCAAUGGGCACACAAACGGGGUCAAUGGGCACGCUGGGGUCAAUGGACAUGCUAUGAACGGCACGAAUGGCACGACGACGGGGGCGGAGUGGGAGGAUGUAGUCGCGCUGAAGAAGCGGGCUGCCAACGGUGCCAAUGGCGUAAAUGGCACAAAUGGGGUUCAUUGAGCGGAUCCGUUCUUGUGGUUGAUAGUUCAGCAUUGGGAUCACGUGAAGCAUUC